AUGUCUCGUAGCUACAGCGCUAAUCAAUAUGAAAAAGCGUUUGAUCCAAAACGACUGCAAAUGUAUCUGAUACCAAAAGAUCAACUUGGUCAACAUCCAAAACGUGCUGCAGCAAUGAAUUCUACAAAUUUUAUCACAGAUAACAACGGCAGACUAUUGCCAGGCAUAGAAAAGACAAAUCGUAAUCCUUGGGGUGAAUUCAUCGGCACAUGGGAUCUACCAAAGAGAAUUCCUGGACCAUUCCACAUUCAACCUAUGGGAAGAACGGAAAAGAAUUUCAAUUCGUUGUGCAAUCAACGUGAUCAAGUUCUCAAAGAGAUGGAACAAGCACGUCAGUAUACGGUCAGUUAA